AUGAAGUUCGCAGUCUUUACUUUGAUAGUACUUUCUGUCGGGUUUUUAAAGAACUGUAAUUCUGAUAAGAGACAGGAAUUCGCUGGUGACUAUAAAGAGCUUUUAAAAAAAAUUUUUAACAUAACGAAAACGGAUAUGGACAGAUCAUGUGACAAAUCUACUGAAGAAAAUACUAGGACGGCCAAUAUAGGUCGAGCUCUGAUGGAUAUUUCAAAUGUUAACCAAUCGAAAAAUCCUCCGAAGCCUGAUGACUACACGUAUGAAAGAAAAGUUAUCCAAGCAGCGCUACCAUGUGCAAAGGGUGAUGAAGUGGACAAAAAGAAUGAUGUGGUUGAAGAUUACGGUUAUCCGUUUAAAAUAUACAAUGUUGAAACAGAAGAUGGGUACAUUCUGCAAAUACAUAAUAUACCUUUUGGACGAAACGUAUUAAAAGGGAGUCCUAAAAAUAAUAAACCAGUGGUUCUCGUCAUGCAUGGAAAUUUAGGUUCUUCAGCAGACUGGGUUGUAACUGGUCCCAGUAACGGUUUAGCUUUUCUUUUGGCUGAUAGCGGCUACGACGUAUGGCUCGGAAAUAAUCGAGGGAAUACAUACUCUAAAAAUCACACGAUGUUUCUGGAAACAAGUUACGGAUUUUGGGAUUUUAGUUGGCAUGAAAUGGGAAUCUAUGAUUUGCCAGCAAUGAUAGAUUUCAUUUUGCAAAUUACUGGCCAGAAGCAACUUUUCUACAUAGGUUAUUCACAAGGAGGGACUCAGUUCUUCGUUAUGAAUUCCAUGAAACCCGAAUAUAAUGACAAAAUUCGUUUAGGAGUGACAUUUGCUCCAGCAGUAUUCCUUGGAAAUACAAAAGGAGCAAUAAAUUUGCUAUCAAAGCUAUCCUACCCUAUCGGAAAAUUUUUUGAGUCGGUCGGGCACGUUGAAGUCUUGCCUGCAUCACCCUUAUUAAGAGUCUUCACGAAGAAAUUCUGCGAAGACAUAUCCUUCACGAAGCCGCUUUGUUUUAUGGUCAUAUCUUCGGUUAGUGGACAAGAUGGGGCUGGGCAAAACACGACUAUUUUGGCUGGGUUGCUUCCUUACUUUCCUGCUGGAUGCUCUACGAAGCAGUUACUUCAUUUUGGAUUUGGCUUUGAAAAUCCCAAUACGUUUCGCCAAUACGACUAUGGAGUAGCCAAAAAUUUGUUGAAAUAUAAAUCAGUAACUCCUCCAGAAUAUCCCCUGGAAAAGGUUACAGUGCCUGUAGCUAUUUAUCAUGGAACUAACGACUUCUUAGUUGACCCAAAGGACAUCGCCUUGCUUGAAAAUAAACUGAAAAAUAUUGUUCGAGUUUCAAUCUGCAAUGCAAGUUUAAAUCAUUUCGAUUUUAAUUAUGGUAGCAACAUACGUAUGGAAGCAUACAAUGAUGCUCUGAAAUUGAUGGAAGGGUACUAACCUUGUGAAUAAAAAAAAAUAAAAUAAAAAGGAAGGAAAUUUAUUUAUUGGACAAAACAAAUGAUCGGGCGUCAAGAUAAAAUACUGACUAUUUUAGAAAAGGAAACAAAUUGUUGCAAAUCUAUUU